CAUCGCAAAGCACGCCACGCCACUGAAUACGAGUGAGCCUGAACUUAAAUCGCAAAGAGAGGAUAACGAUCAGUUCCUGAAGGUAAUCUUGGUUUUUAAGCGUUCCUCAUUUGAUCCUGAUUGGCUGCAGUUUCCUUUUCGAGUCGAAGUCAUCAAGUGCAGUGAAGUGGCACCAUCUUCUUCCCCGCAAAAUUUUCAGAGAAAACUGUCGAUUGGAUCGAAUAUCCUCGCUGCAUGCGCGUUGAAUUGUAUUCCAGAAGCUGAUAAAAUAUUUUCAAAACGAAGCUGUCCUCCUCUUAUUCCCUUCGGUAAUUCGAAUGCCCGGUAGUCGCGUCCAAUUCCAUCAAUGCUGUAUCUAAGAUGCCUCAUUUUCACGACGUUCUGCCUGGUAAUGCCAUUUGUACACUCGGAGGAACCUGAACGGAAAGUCCACACGGAAGAAGAGUGCAAAAAGAUCUGCGAAGACAGGGAGGGUUGGAUGGUCGUCCCUGCACAACUUGAUCAUCAUGAGGCCCAUAUUUCUCGAAGAAAAUCGAAGGACCGCGGUAAUCACCAGACGCGCAUCGCUCAUGGCAGAGAGACGGAUCAGAGCCCUCGUCGAAUCAAUUUUACUCUUGCCAGGUUGUCGCGCCAGGGUGAGAAGUGCCACUGCGACUUGAACGCCAUCGAAAUCCGGAAAUUUUGCGCUGGGAAACACUCCGGGAAUCUUGGCUCGGGACAGAACCGUUGGAAGUCCGCAAGUUUGAGAAAAAGUGGGGCAAAAGCCAUUCUAAAGGUAGGCGAUAUUUAACCGACAACUUGAAAAGGAUCCGUAUUGAGCCUGAGUCCGUGCGCAUUAAGGAUCAGGAGGCAAAUAGACCAGUCAGGAAGAAAUUCUCCGAGUGGCUUAAGGUGCCUCUGUAUAGAAGGACUGUAUAUCGACUGCGUAAGUCCGCAAUAACAUAUCUAAAAAUCUCCGCCUCGAUGUUAUUUUUUUACAGGAGAACAAAUCGACAUCAUUCAUUUUGCAGAAUUUUCUUCGCGCAGAGAAGAAAAAUCACAGCAGUUUCGAAGAAUUGCUGUUGAGUAGUUUUCCGUUUUGAAAAUGAAGUAUGACAGGAAGUUUACGACGUCGCAAACCGAGUUACGUGAUUGCCGACUUACACCGUCGAUAUGUCGCGGGCAAAUAGGAAAUUCAGGGAUUUUGUCAAAUGCCCAAGCAAAUAGUCAAAUAUUCUUACUUAGAUUGAGACUCUGAUUCUUUUUCUAUAUUUUAGACGAAAUAAUUCAUUGCUCUCGUGAGAAAGAACUCUCUGUAAAAAUGUGCAUCAUACAACAGUAUUUUAUACGAAUUUUAGCUUUUGAAUUAACUAAGGGUCUCUGCCUCCGUGCCGCUGCGCGCCCCCAAAGGCCGCUUCGCGCCCAGCGGAAUCGCCAGUUGGCGAUUGUUGAGCAAAUAAUUUUAAUUGAAUAAAAAAACGAUGUUUCAAAUACAAAUUUCCCGUCAAACAAUAUUCUUCAUGACUUUCUCCUUGCUCUGAAUUUUGAUUCCUUCUUUGGAAUUCGACCUUUGGGCUGUUUACCUCUCUUUCCUCACCCCGUUCAUCGAACAUCAAAAUGAUUUUAUUAGAAAAGGGAGGAUAUUUAUCUUGACAUUCUCACUGUAUCAUAAAAUACAGGAUUUUCAAAAUUUGACAUGUAAAUAUAUGAAAAAUUCUUGAAGAGGGAGAACCAAGAAGAGUUCGUAGUUUUGAUGAAUACUUUUCACAAAAUAUUGCAAACUUGUGGGCUUUGCCCCAUUAAUUUACAAAAUUUAUGAAAUCGUCGAAAUUUGACCAUCCACCCAGUUAUUUGAUAAAAUGCCUGUUUUGACUAAUUGCCUGCUACAUUUACAUCAAAGGGAGGUAGUGGAAGAUAUAUUUUUACAUUCGACUAGAAAUAAUUCAUUCCAUUGUUAACCCGAAUCAUUUGUACCUCGUAAUCAAUAUUGCACAUUGCGCAAUGCACCUAUUAAAAUUUUUGUUUGAUAAUAAA